ACGUACCCAGCUGGUUAAAUUUAAGAGACUCUUCAACGUCAAAGAACAUCUUUUUCCUGACUCCUGAGAAGCAGGCCUGACCUUUAUUGCUGUCUUAUAACUGAUAGCCAGAUGGUCUUUUGGGAGUUGGAUUCUUUCCCUUUAAAUCAUUCAGGUUCAAGCACCAUCACUAAUGUUGUGAGUAGUUGCAAGGCACACUUCUAUUGUCCCUACAAGAAAUGUUAUCAAUAGGGGAAAAGUAUGGGAAAGGCAGAGAAAUUCAAACCCACACAGCCUGGUGCUAAUAACUCCUUUGUGGAGCCUGUGCUUCUGUCAGGGCACUAUGAACUCACAAGGCUUUUUCAGUGAGUAAGGCUGAAAAGCUCAUGUUUUGCUGUGCAGGCAGCAGUUACUCAGGAAUCUGUUUACUAGGAGAAAGGGGCGAGGUGGGGCGGGGGGGCAGGGAUGCUGUUUCACACUCAGGGGUGGCUGUAGGAGUACUGAGCUCAGCUGCAGCCCUGGCUGGUUGGUCUGCUAUGCUGUGCCUCAGGGUGCUCUCUUGGGAAAUGGGAGCUGUGCUACUGGACGUUUUGACAGAGCCCUGUUAGGAACUGCCAUGGGUGCUCGAGAGCCCUUGAGCUUUCCUGACAGAAGAGGCAUUGCUUGGGAGUCCUGACAAACUCCUGUGAGAGCAAAGUGGAGAAGGAACAGUUCUGGGGACAGAACUCUGCAGGCAGGAGCGUGCGGGGCACGAGUUUGCACCACAGGGUACUGUGUUUGAGAGGAACCUCAAUGUGGCAUUAUCAUGUCUUCUUUAAUCACAGCCCUGGCAAAAAACUGUCUUUAAUUACUGUAAAAUACAUUCUUUACAUGUUUAACCUCUUGAAUUAGUUUUUCUUUAGAUCCUGAAUACUUAAUGUACUGUUAUUCCCAGGUGCAUAAGUGGUCUUUUAUCAUUAAGAAACAUAUGAGACAACUUGAUCUGCAUUUUCAGGGUUGUUAGAGGCAAAAGCAAUUUCUGUAGCUGCUUGUGUGGCUGACCCUGAAAUAGUCAUACACCCAAUGACAUAGUCUUUCUAUAAUGAGUAUUAAAAAUAAUUAAAAAUUAAGGAGAAUUUAUUAUUUUUCUGCCCAGCUGAAAUUCCCACAAGUUACCUCUCAGCAUAUUCAAGAGCGCACAAGAGGGAUUUAUUAUUUCCUGGUAUAUUGACUCUGAAAGGUCUGGGGAUUACAGCUGCUUUGCACAUGAAUAGCUGGAGUGUGUUGUACAAAAGGCACGGUCUGUGGGAUAAUGGGGUUGGAUGUGGGAAAGCGCUGACCCUAGGGGAGAGCAGGCUGGUGCCUGAUGGCAGGAAUCAAUUAUGUCUCAAAGGAACACAUUGCCCUGGGAGCAGGCUUCGCGGGAGCCACCAUGUUAUGUAUUUAUCACCCUCCUUCUCCAGCAACCCAUAUAAAACAGUCACAGAAAAUAUCCUAUCCUUCUGUUUUUGCUAGGGGACUCAGCUACACCUUGCUCUGUAAUUACUCUCUUAGUGAUCUGUUGGUUAUGAUCUCAGGAACGAAAUGGUUCCCAUCUCAGAGAGAGUGCUGAGACCAGCACUUAGCUCACACAUGCCGCCAGUUUUGAGACUGUAAAGCAUCCCAAAUUUUGGUGAGUGAAUUCAGUGCACUCUCCAAAGCCCUUAGGAACACCUGGAGCCCAGCAGUCACCUGCUCAGCUCCAGCCAAGGGAGGGGAGCAGCCUGUUGCUGCUGCUGAGCUCCUGCACUUCCUUGGCUUUGUUUUUGGAAGAUAGUGCUAUUCAGUUUUUACAUUGAUCUGUCAUCAUUGCUAACCUUUCAGAUGUCAAAAUUUGGGUUUCAACAAAUGAUUAAACGGGAUAGAAAGUCAUAGGGAUUUAACAAAACUUAUUUGAUAGUUACAAUAAAAGUAGAAGUAUUUUAAUGGAUUUUUACUUACCAUUUGAACUGUGCUUGCAUUGACAUUGUUUGUUUUUUCUCUUUGCCAGAAGACUGGCAGAGGGACACAUGCAGGAACUAACUGCACAUAAGGUAGAGUUGUUGCCCUCAUCAUUAUGUCAUAGUGCAAGGCACAUUGUCAGACCUCAGGAUCAAGGGAAUCUAGUGCAACAGGAAGUUUCUGACCCUAAAGGAAAAGCAGUAUAGAGGGAGUUGCAAGUAGGACUGGGACCGUCAGAACACCACCUUGUGUAGCUGGCAGCAUGCACUUGUGCCCAUGAGCAUUUGCAGCUUGAGGUUGUGAGUAGGAAUUAGACAAGAAGCCCUAAGAGCUGCUGCAGGGGUCUGUCUGUCCAGACACCUUUUGCUAUAGACAGUGGUCAGCAUGUAACACCAGCCACACACAGACAGCACUGAGUUGUUCACUACAACAGUAUGGAUCCUUCUGCAUUUCUGAGCCCUGGUUUCAUCCAGCCCAGCUGCCUAAGACCUGAAAUUCUCUUAUAAACUCUGUUCAGCUUCUUACAGAGAGUUGAUGUAAUUCAGGGCACAGUGUAUCCUCUCUUCUGAGGAUUUUCUGAGGUCCCAGAAUAGCUGUAACUGCUGGGAAGCAGCUGGAUGAACUGAGUGGUGCUGACAGACAGCUCUGCACUACGACUGGGGACAGCUGCAGUUUAACACUGAGGUUUUGGUAGGUCUCUAGGAACAUGAAUAAACAAAUUAAUUUCAAUAUUAAAUCUUAAUUUACUUUCCAAAGAGAUCAAGCCCAUUUCUAUUGUUUUGAUCAUUAACUAUUUCCUAUUGAGUGCAUUUUCCUUUUCAGCUAUUUUGUUGGUUUGAACAAAUUGUACUGAAUCACAUUUGCAAAAGCCACUACUGAACUUGCGUGCAAAGGAGAACUUUUGCAUCUGCUUAGCUAGGAGGGGCACUGCUCCAAGUGUGGUCCAUGCAGGUAAUCCCUAUUCUCCCAUAAGCUGGGGUGCUGGCAGCUAUUCAGAGAUAAUAAAGCCAAUUAAAACAAAAGUGGGUUCUGAACAUCUUUGCAAAACAGAAGUCUAAAAUGAAUUCUGUUUUAGACCACUAGACUUCAGCUAGGCUGAAAUACUGAAAUUUUGGUUUCUCCUUUCUGUCUCAUUUUCUACCUUUGCAAAAAACUUUGCUAGUAAUACAUUCUUAUAUUGUAGAGGAGGUUGCUGAGAUUCAUUAGUUGGUAUUUGUAAAGCACUUUGAAAAAUGCAAAGCCAGUGCAUUAUUCUUGGUCUUGUGGAUGCUUUCCAUGUUAUUAAAAACAGGAUUUCAGAAAGGCUUAUAGGGGAUCAAAACAGCAUCCCAAACUUGAAAGGAAGCACGACUGUUAAACCAUCAACUGUCGCCUCCCCCUCCAGCCAGAUGUUAAGCCCUAAAGAACUGAAGUGGCACAAGGAAUUACUUUCCCAAGUUCCCCCAGCUGGGCUGACAGGCCUUGAUCAAUGGUUUUCUCCACUGUGAGUGCUAUGCAGAUGGUCUACCCAGAGCAAGGUUUCUGUGAAGUACAAAAGGAAGUCAAACACCAUUUCUAAUUCAGCUUGUAGCAUGGCACACUUCCUUUAUCCUCUGCCUGAAUGCAGUGAAUAGGAGAGCAGUGUGGGAAACUGGAAGGGACUCCAAACUCACACAGUCUGAGUGGCUGUAAGACACUCCUGUCCUCAGACCACAUCUGCCUGUGACAGACGGGAAAAAGAGUGACAGAACGAAAAAUCAGAUUAUAAAAACCUGCUUGAAGGGGAAAAUUAGGUCUGAGUAAAAGGAAGAAAGUGAAGAAAACCAUGCAGAGAAACAGAAAUUGUGACAGCCCCAAGCAGGGGACUGCCAAACAGCAGAGUGAGGAAGGGCUGGGAGCAAAUGGCUGAGGAAUGAGCUGCAGGAGCAGAACCUUGCUCUUCCACCAGUAAGGCCAAAGGGAAUUGUCCCUCUGAAGGCAGCAGAGGUGGUUUCAGCUCACACUGAGACUACUGAGCCACAUGUUCUGUCUUGCCUCCUUACUAAAGACUGGCUUGCGCUUGAUAAAAAAAUGUUUGCCAUAAUGAUUGAAAAAAUAAAUACAGCACAUUGCCUGUACUGGUACAGCAGGGCACUGCUCCCUAGUUCCAUGUGUCAGUCAGCAGCCAUUCCUUGAACAAGCUUGGAAAUGCUGAGCUUUAAAACACAACCAGUGUAGGUUACAUUCAGUAACCCAUCAUCAAAGCUUUGGCAUUUUUGCACCUCUUUGCUGCACAGCACUCAGAGCAAAAGAUGGUUCCUCUGCACCGUGAGGAUCCGUACACUCACCCAGGCCUUAAGUUACCUGAAGAGUGGUGACUACUUUGUGCAGAUGUCAUGCUGGUGCUCGUCAGAGAUCCCCAAGGGAGCUGCAUCUCAGCUGAGGCAUCCAUGUCUGCAGCCCCCUGAUGUGUAUUCAGUUUUUGACCACAAACCACAGGAGCUGAGCUUGGCUACUACGAAAAUUAUCUCAGAUUUUAUAUCAGUAAUUCUAUGGGGAAGCUCUUCGUUAAUACUUCUAAGCUGUAAUGGGGUGGUUCAAGGAACAAAACAGGGAACAGACCACAUUCUAGGACUGAUAUUUGACGGGAAAAUUAAGGCUCAAAUUCUGCUGAUUAGAAUUUGGAUGAAUUCCUCUGUAGGUGGAGGGAUAAUUGUGCACAAAGAGAUGAGAAAGGGGCUUUGGAGGUACAAAGCCUACAGGCUGAAUGCUGCAGUCUGCUUUGCUCUUUGUGGAGGCCAGAGUUCCUGUUGGCUUUAGUGAGGACCCAAAUAGUUCCAAAACCUGGACCUGUUCUAUUUUUUAACCUUACUAUGAUUUUCAGGACAAAGCACUUAAUGAGGUCUCCAAAAUUUUGCUAUCUUUCCUGUUCUCUGAGCCGUUGCUCUCAAGCAUUUUGGCAUUCUCAAUGACUUUCUAACAUACUGCCAUGGAAGUUUGCGUACCUCGAAGUUUCCCACACCAUUUCUUAACUAUAUUCAUUCCUGUCACAAAGGAAGUGUGCCUGACUACAAACCGCAUUAGCAACGGUGCUUGCCUCUGCAUUGUGUUCAGUGGGAAACCCUGCUCCCAAAAGGCCAUCUGGGCUGCACGUAUCAGGAGAGAAGCAAUGGGGGCAACGAGCAUCAAGACUUGGGAAAGCAGCAGCAUCCUUAAGUCUUCCUACAGAGCUAACAUCUGGCAGAGGUUCUGGGGCAUUACUCAUGCCAUAUUUCAAACAUCCACAUCCAGUAUCUUGGGAUCCUAGUAAGUUCUCUGUCCAAUAUUGUGUGUGUUUGGAAUCAUAGUAAAAGGUGUAUAAUUGAGAAUUCAUGAUCCUUAGUGUAAAGUCCACUGGUUCUGUUAGCAUUAUUCUAGGGCUGAUGAUAAUUAUUAUUGCUUUCUUAUUCUUUUUUCACUUGUGCCAUUUGUUGCAGCAGUGAGGUAAGGCAGGGGGCUGCAGCAGCUGUCCUGGUGCAAGCAGCAGCAGCCCCACUGGGCUCCUCUGCCCGCUCUCAUGUACCCUUCUUCAGCAGCACAGAGCAAACCCCCCAGCACAGCAGGAGCUCACUCAUGUGGCAAGAAAGACGAGGGAGACCAAGAGACCCAAGUCACACAUCUGCUCUGCUAUGGGAAGUUCAUAUGUCCUCCCCCAGAACAAAAGUCCUGCAGUGCAGCAACCCUAUAAUGCACACGUUCCUGAGAACCUGAUUUUCAAAGUUCUGUGCUGUGGGUAGUUGCAGAGAGGGCAUCUGACACUGACCACCUGUGUAAGGCUAAAACUGGAGUGCCUGUUUGAGCAACUUGCACUGUGAGAGGAAGUGAUGACUCUUACAUCUGUCUACUAGGAGUUAGUCUGGGAAACUGAAGCUGUUUCUAGCAAAAUUGCUAGCGGACCCUAUUGAUCACAGCAUUGCCACAUUUAUUCCUUGUGCACUUGUCAAUGAGCUCAAAAAAUGAGUUGGUGCUCAGGAGUUUCUCUUUCAGAGAAUCUCCCCAAGAGGAAUGCACAGAGAGAGAGAUUGGUUUCAGAGGUGGCAUUACAUGAGCUCAAAGAUAAUCCACAAGCUUUGAGGAGAACAUGUGAAAUGGUGUCACAAAAACUUUCCCACAACUUGACAUAAAAGACUCAGAGCCCAACAGCUGCUGCUCUGUACGCAAAGAAGGGAGCCUAUUCACCAACAGUACAAUGGGGAUGGAACAGCAGAUCCUGGAAGAGGUCAUUUAAGCCUUACCUGGGUGAACAAAUACAUGAGUUGCAGGGUCAGAGAGAAAUGUAGACAUGUGUUUAUGCAUUCACAUUAAAAUACAUGCAUGAUCACAUAUAUGCAUGCAUCAGUAUAGAGAUGAACACACAAACUGUAUUAAUGUAGACACAGUAUUUAUGUAGUACCCUCCCUGAUUCAGUAAGAGAUCCCCAGCCAUAAUCCCUAGCAGUACUUUACAGUUGUUUAUCUGACAAUUCACAUUCCCAUGUCGCUACUUGCAGAGGGAUACACUGAAGCUCACAUAAAGGGGAGCUGAACUGAUGUGAUUGCAGUGCACACCUGGAGCAAAUUGGGGGCUGACACAGCUCAGAUGUGUGGUUCAUGGUCUGCUCUGCCCCUCUGCAGCCUUUCUCUUUGCAGGUCUUGGGUGCAUGUGUAGAGAAUGCAGAAAACACUGCUACCAUUCCCUGCGGCUGUUUGUGUGUGGCUGGAGCUCAUAAAUAAAGCAUUUGUUUAUAGGAUGCAAAUAGCAGCACCAUUAACUCUUUUUGAACAGAGACUUUGCAGUGCAAAAUAAUGAGGAAUCCAAAUCUUGACUUCUAACAGUUCUAUGGGCUAUGUGAAUUUGUUCUGCGCUCAUUUGUGCAUGAAUUAAAUGAAAGCAUCAUGAGAGACUGAGCUGAUCCCCAAACUCAGAUAUUUCUCCACUUGGAUUUAUCUUGUAGAUGUUUGAACAACACUGGGUGCUUGUGACAGGGCUUGAGAGUAUUCCAAAGAGGUACAUAAGAUCUCAAGGAAAGAGAACAAUUAUCAAAAUAGAAACUUUUCUGGAUAACUGUGCGUAUUUACAUUUAAAGGUAUUUGCAGUGAGGCAGACUGAAAAAACUGUUUUCUGUUUCACUUGGGCAAAACUGGUGUGCCCCUGGCUUACUGUGAGAACAAGGCAAACGGCCUUAAAGAACUUCUGCACUUUAUCUCAGGAAGCCAGAAGCUGCUCAUGUGUGCACUGCAUUAGUGCACGCUCAGCGUGUGCCUCCUGCAGCCCGGGAGGAGCGCGGCCGCACGCAGCCGGCACGGGGGGCUCAUUGCCCUUCAUGGCUGCUGGCCGCCUCCUUCCUGCGCACCCGUGGCGGCCGGCCUGUGCUGGGAAUGCCACUGAUCUCUGGCAUUAGUCAGCAGCCUUUGCCCAUUGAAGGCCAGUUCUUUCCCAGCUUCUGACACGUAAUUCUGAUCCCGGUCUUUCACGUACCACGCACUCCCCACCUGCUCAUCUGGGGGAAGGUCAUUAUCCCCAGGCUAUUCACUGGCACUGGAGCAUGCAAGAAUAGAUGCUUCUGUUAUUGUGCUGCCUAUCUCUCUGAUUGGCCAUAGAGUGUGGGAAACUCCGCCAAGCCGCAGACCCACAGACUCUCAGGAAGGCUGCACAGUAUAAAUACAGGGCCGAGACAGCUUCCAGCGACACAUUUCUCCUGGACUUCCACUCUGAGACACACCUUCCCUUCUCGGGACAGAUGGCUCCCAGUGUUGUUUUCGUGGAGCCUGACAACCUGCUGACACCAAAGGAGAAAAACAAACUCAGGAAGCCAGUGGUGGAGAAAAUGCGCCGUGACCGGAUUAACAGCAGCAUUGAGCAGCUGAAGGUGCUGCUGGAGAAAGAGUUCCAGAGACACCAACCCAACUCCAAGCUGGAGAAAGCUGACAUCCUGGAGAUGACUGUCAGCUACCUGAAGCAGCAGAGCCAGCUGCAAAUGAAGGCUUCAGGAUUCUUCCAUAAAAGCUCUCAGUUUGACUUCAGAGAUGGCUAUUCUCGGUGUUUGCAAGAAGCUUUCCAUUUCCUCUCUCUUCAUAAAGUCCGAACUGAAACACAGACCAAGCUCCUAAGUCACUUCCAGAAGAGCCAGUCCACUGCUCCAGAAGUUUCCUUUUCCCCCAGCAAGCCCAGCACUCUGAAGCAAGCAUCGCCAAAAGACGCUGGUACUCUCUGGAGGCCCUGGUAGUCAGGGAAGCUCUCCCUUAGUGAACCUUUGCCUUUUAGAGUCCAGAGGAAGAAUCUGACUGCAUCCGAUAGUCCAGCUCUGAUCCUCUCUUCUGUAGGGUGCAUUAUUUCCCCAUAUACUUUAUUUAUGUGUGAAAAGAAUGGUGCGCUUUUGGCUUUUAUGGGAUCCUUUGGCAAAAGCUCAGGCAUUCUGUUGUGUGGUAUUGAAGCUGUGUAGGUACUGGUGAUACAGAGCACAGUGUGUUGCCCAGUUUGGGGGCAAAUGUCUUCCAAAUGAAGGAGGAUAUUUUUGUAGAAGUUACAUUUGUGAUGGGCAAGAAUUGCAGUAGGAGAAUUUCCCUAAUAUUGCAUGUUAGAGCCAUUGGCUUUGCUCUGGUUUGACUGGUAGCUCUUGUUUGCUCAGUCACUCUGGAGGAUAAAUGUGCAACUUCAGUUCAUGCACACUUAAUUAAACUCCAUUUCCUCCUAUUUGCUCAUAACUUGUACUGCAUGAAAGGCAGUUUUUGCUUUGUCUUGGAUUUUUCUUCUUUGAUAGUCCUAGCACAUAAAGUGUGAUGGAUGAACUGAAGCUAGGAAACUAUGUGGAAUAUUUCUACUAUUUUGCUGCUUUUUUCGAUUUAGAAAAAUAAUGUGUUACUGCUUUAUGUUAAAGAAAAGAGUAGAUAAAAUGCUCAAUUUGUCAAUGUUAUAUAUUUGGGGUGUAAGUUAUGCUUUUUCUAGCAUCUUCAUUAUAAUAAUGAUUGUUUGUCUGUAUUAAGUGGUGUAAUUCAUGGUGGAUGGUGUUUCUCCCAUUCCUGGGACAGCCCUACGGCUUACAUGCAUACUGUGUAUGCGUCUCUGUGUUUGUAGAGAGAAAUAAAAUGCAUUUGUGUGCAACUUUUCUCUGGGUUCUCUGUGCUCUGUGCGAUGUGUAGCCAUUUGGGUCCCUGGCAAGCACUCACAUGUCAGUCUUCCAAAGAAGGGGUGUGUUUUAAAGUUAAAGGAGCUCCUGUUCAUGUCUACUCUAUAUAUUUACGUGACUGCAUUACACCUUUACCCCCAUGAGGUAAGCAAUCGUUACUUAUUCUCUUACCUGAAUCAUAUAGAGCUCCUCCUUACGCUCUGCCCCUCCCAAAACCUCACCUGAGUGGUCAAGCCUUAAACCUGGCCAUCUGGUUCCCCUGCUGGCAGCAGCUGGGAUCUGAGUGUCCUGCAGUUUUUUCACCUGACGCUGAUAGGAUACGGCCUUGAUCACAUCAGUGCUGUGUGUCCUCUAAUGUCUUCUCCUCAUUUUUUCUCUGAGCGCUCAGAACGUGGAAUACAGGUGCUUCUGAAGCAGCACCGUGGUUCACAAUGGGAAACAUCCACAGGCAGCCCUGCACCUGCCAAACUGCUCAGUGCCUAGUCCUAUUCUGUGGCAAAAUACUGGUCAAUACUGAUCAUGGUAAUAAGGCUGUGCUUAUGCAAGAAAUGUUCUUAGGUGAAAUUUGUAAAAAUCAGUAAAGUUAAUGUGGUAGUUCUGCAGCCUGUUUGUUUUGGCUAGAGAUCCAUAAUCAAGUUAUGUUAGCAAGAAAUCUCACGUUCCCUACCUGUGCAGGUUUUCAUUUGUUAUGACCAGGAAUGGUUUGUUCUGCCACAUGUUAUCACUAUUUUAUUCUGUCUAUGCUUUUUAGCACAGCAGGGGAUGCAGGGGCUGUGGCAGGGGUUGCUGCCAAGUGUGGUCUCCUGCACUCUCUUACUCUGGAGUUCUUGGCAGUAGCUUUGUAAAGUCAGACCUUAGAUCCAGCCCUGCAUGUGGUUACUGUGAUGUAAAUAGUACCAGAAGUGGUGGCAGAAGGGAUUAGCUUGCAAUGCAGAAAACAUUCUAUGUAAAUUUCUGUAGUCGUGCGUAGCUUCGGAGUAUUUAUUAUGUAGAAGGCUUUAUUGCAAAACCCUCAGUCAGCGCUGCUGUCGGAUUGCAAUACGAAUGUGGAACUUCAGCCCUCGGACAGCUUGCCAGUAUUGCACCGUUUGGCCACCAGGGGGCGCAGCGCUCGCGGAAAGCCCUCCAUGGGAGCCGUCGGCUCGAGGGGUUCUGCGAGGUACCGGUGUGACUGCCGGCGUUUGUUCCAUUUUAGUGAUCGGAUGUCAGCCAGUGCUAGGAAGUCUUUUCCACCUCCCAGUUUCUGUGUAUCACACUGUAAUUGUAUGCGAAUACGAAAAGCUUGGAUCUGAAUUUGUACCCUAUUGGGCACAAAACAUUUCCAGCACAACACACACAGAACCGUCGUACCAGCAUCACUGCGAGCGUGUGUGCGAUGUACGUGGAGCCUGAAAGCGCUUGCAGAUGUGCAACGUGUCUUUUGGUCUGUUGGAGCUGGAGCUUCAUUUGCCACCAGGUGGCAGCAUGGGAGAAGGGAAAACUUCAUUUUCCCACAAUGGAAAACACGGGAUUGGAAUUUUUCUAGGUGUGUAACAAAGCUGCUCUGAUGCUUAAAUACUCAGGAAUAUAAAAUGGAAUCAGCUCUGCAGCUAAACACCUUUGUGAACAGAUUUUUGUCCAUUAGAAUGAUGUAAUUUCUGCAGAGUUUCUGCCCAGUUAUGUAUGUUUGUCCACUAGCUCAGCUUUGCUUGAGAUGCCAUGGUUGGGAUGAGGGGUGGCUGCAGUGGGGCUGCAGAGGACAGACACGAACAUGUUGCACAUGGCCUAGCCUGGAAACAGCUACAAAUGAUAAAAGUAAUGCUGGGUGUGAGUGGCUGACAGGUCCUAUUGGUUUGAGAAGGGCAAAUAUGUGGGUAAGUACUGUGUCUGAAAGCUCUGUGGGUUAAAACAUGCAUCUUGUUGCUUCCUGGAGUGCGUGAACCCCAUUUCAGUAGUGAAAGCUCUGGGACAUUGGGCAUUUCUUUAAAAAAAUAUUAUAGCCCUUGCU